UCCUGGGGGUCUUCAUGGGGCUGGGGAAGAAAAACACGCCUCCCCCCUCGGACCACUUCUACUCAAAGGCUGCUGUGGCUGCAGAUGCUGGAAAGUGUUCAGAAGUGGGGAGGGACAUUUUGAAGAAAAACGGUUCAGCUGUGGAUGCUUCCAUCGCUGCCUUGCUAUGUGUCGGCCUUUUGAACGCUCACAGCAUGGGCAUCGGAGGAGGGCUCUUCUUUGUCAUCUACAACGCUUCCACAGGGAAGGUAGAAACCAUCGACGCGAGGGAGACAGCGCCCAUGAACGCCACUGAAGACAUGUUUGGCAACAACACCAAGCUCUCCCGUGGAUUGUCCAUAGCCAUUCCCGGGGAGAUCCGUGGCUACGAGAUGGCACACAAGAGGCAUGGCAGGCUGCCAUGGAAGGAGCUGUUCGAGCCCAGCAUCGCCUUGGCUCGUGACGGUUUUCCUAUAGGAAAAGCUUUGGCCCACGCCAUCUUCAAGAGCAAAGAUUCAAUUCAAGGAGACGCCAACAUGUGUGAGGUGUUUUGUGAUUCUCAAAAAAACAUCUUGAAGGAAAAUGAUAUUGUUAGAUUUCCAAAGUUGGCCGACACAUACCAAAGAAUAGCAGAAGAGGGGCCUGAUGUGUUUUAUAACGGGUCGAUGGCGCAAAGCAUCGUGGAGGACAUCCAGGCGGCAGGUGGCAUUAUCACCCUGGAUGAUUUGUUAGAGUACCAGCCUGUGCUGAAUGAGAAUCCUCUGAGGCUGAAUGUUGGGGAAUACACCAUGCACGUCCCAGAUGCCCCCUCCAGUGGCCCUGUGCUGGCACUCAUACUCAAUAUAGUGGAUGGGUACAACUUUACAGACACAAGUGUCUCUACAGCAGAGAAAAAGACUCUGACGUACCAUCGCAUCGUAGAGGCUUUUCGUUUUGCUUAUGCCAAGAGGAGCCGACUUGGGGACCCACGUUAUCUCAAUAUUACUGAUCUCAUCCAAAACAUGACCUCAGACUACUUUGCUGAUGGCAUAAGAAGUAAAAUUACAGAUGACACCACUCACCCAGACAACUACUAUGAGCCAGACUAUUUUGUCCCAGAUAACCACGGGACAGCUCACUUGUCGGUCAUAGCUGAGGAUGGAAGCGCUGUGGCAGCCACCAGCACCAUUAAUCUAUAUUUUGGUUCCAAAGUCAUGUCUCGAUCAACUGGAAUCAUUUUCAACGAUGAAAUGGAUGAUUUCAGCUCCCCCUACAUGACCAACGGGUUUGGAAUCCCUCCCUCGCCCAACAACUUCAUCCAACCAGGCAAAAGGCCACUGUCUUCCAUGUGUCCCACCAUCAUCUUUGACAAAGAUAACAGAGUGAAAAUGGUUGUAGGAGCGUCUGGGGGAACAAAAAUCACCACAGCCACUGCCUUGGUAAUCCUGAACUCCUUGUUCUUUAACUACGACCUAAAGAAAGCUGUGACAGAGCCGCGGGUCCACAAUCAGCUCAACCCGAAUAUGACAGUGGUGGAGCAGGGCUUUGAAAAGAGUGUCCUGGAGGGUCUCGCCCAGAAGAACCAUGUAACACAGCUGCUGAGGACUCCAGACUCCGUGGUCCAGGCAGUGGUGCGGCAGGGAGAGCGUCUCUGUGCAGAGUCCGACCCCAGGAAAGGAGGCUAUCCAGCGGGAUACUGAGCGUGACUUCAGUUCCUCCUCUGCUCCUGUCAGUCUGGACUGUCUCCUCAAAGACACUUGGACAGAGCCACAAUACAAUAAAACAGCCACAAUAAAAGGUGUCUGCACUAAAGACAAGCAAUG